AUUUUAAUUGUGUGCACACGGCUCUAAAGUGAAAAUUAUCUCGCGGGGACAUUUAAAGUUUUGACCAAGCCACAACAUUGAAGAAUCAAGGUGAAUCCCAGGAAUCAUUACAUUUCCAAAGUUGUGGAGAUUGUACAGAAAUUAUUCUUCAUUAUAACCAACUCCUGCUUUCCCUAUUUCUGUGAAGAGUUGUUUUUCUGUGAUUGCACAACAUGUGUUCUUGCAUGACAGGACUUUUUUGCGCAUGUUUAUUUGUUAGCUGCUGUAUUACAUGCAAAUCUUUAGGAUCAGAAGGACAUCACCACCACCAUCAUCAUCACCAUCAUCGGCAGCGCCGAGUUAGGUCACUCAAUGGAGAGGCCGAAGAUCAUGUUAAGACUGUGAAGAAGAAAUUGGAUCAUCAUAUAUUCCUGAAGGAAAUUUUUGACAGAUAUGGUCAUAAUGAAGUUAUUACAUUUGAGGGGUUCAAAGAGUUGCUAGAGAACCUUGGUGUUGGACAGAAGGUGCUAAAAUAUUAUGAAUUAUCAUCACAUAAAGAUGAGGAAAAAGAAUUUCAUGAAACCAUUGAACAUGAUCAUCAUGAACUUGAAAAGUCUCAAGAGUUUGGAUCAUUUCAUGAUCAUCAUGAAGAUGAAAUGGAUCAUAGUCACAGCCAAGCUAAUUCAAUAGGUGAUUCUCAUUUCAACACAUCUAAAUUUGAAGAGUUGUUAAACAGUACUACAUCACUUGAUAAAGAUGAAGAUAAUGUGUCAGACCAACUUUCAACUACAGUUACAGGAAAAAAAUGUUUGACAGCAUCUGAUUUUUUUAAUUUUGUUGAUGUUCAACCUGGUGUGGAGAUUAAACCUGCUGACUUCCUUAAUUUCUGUCCUGCCAUCAUAUUAAAACUUGAUCAGCAUCCCUGUGAAAAUUCAUUUGUACAUAGCACACAUGUACAUCAUAUGCUCGACAAAGAGGUAGUGCACAAAGGCCAUAACACUUUCUCUCCUUAUGCUUGGGGUUAUGCCUCUAUUUCUGUAAUUGUUAUAAGCCUGUGUGGUUUGUUAAGUGUGGCUGUAAUUCCUGUCAUGCAAAGGAUGUUCUACCACACGCUACUUCAGUUUCUUGUUGGUAUGGCUGUUGGAAGUUUGUCAGGGGAUGCUCUUCUUCAUUUAUUACCACAUGCUAUGGCAGGAGAACAUAUCCACAAUCAUGAAAGAGAUGAACAUACCAGAGAAGAAUCUAUGCUAGUCUGGCGAGGUUUGGUAGCCCUGUUUGGAGUAUAUAUUUUCUUUCUUGCAGAAAGGUUGUUGAAUUUGUUUACUGCCUAUUAUCGAAGGAAAAAGAGUGCCAAGGCUGCUGAAGUGCCAAAAUUACUGGUUGUUUUUCGUAAGAUAGAUCGUGAUCAUAAUCGAGCAGUUGGAGAAAAGUUGUCUCAUCACAGGCAGAGCUCUUGUGAUUAUAAUGCAGAUCCAGCUAAUGUUAAAGAUUUAGAAAGGUUGAAUGCUGAUCCAGAAGAUGAAGAAAGGGAGGAUGUAGAAUACCACGAGCCACUUUCCAAGAAAGGCUCAGGUAUUAACUGUGAAGACACAUCUUUUUCAGUGGAACCUUGUGAAGCUUCUAACUGUGAUACUUUUGGGGUCAAAGACAAGAAAAAGGUUGAGAAGCUGAUUUCUUCCACACAGUUAGAUGACUCUUGUCAUAUGAUGAUGGAAAAGAACAUGAUACCUGCUGAAGAUGAAUGCCAUAAAGAGACACUGGUAUUUCGUCACGAUUCCACUGAUCACAGCUAUGUGGUCACCAUGACAGACCACCAUCAUCACCAUGGAGUACAUGGUCAUAGCCAUGAAGUCCCCACAUCUGUGUCUGGUGUGGCAUGGAUGGUGAUUUUGGGUGAUGGGCUCCACAACUUCUGUGAUGGACUGGCAAUUGGUGCUGCAUUUGCGUCUGGAAUAUCAGGUGGUUUAAGUACAACUAUUGCUGUUUUUUGUCACGAGCUGCCUCAUGAACUUGGUGACUUUGCCAUGCUGUUGAAAGCAGGAAUGUCUGUCAAGCAAGCUUUAUUUUAUAAUGGAAUCUCUUCUAUCCUGUGUUUUAUUGGUAUGGUGAUUGGAGUAGCCAUGGGUAAUGUGAGCACUGCUAGUAUGUGGAUCUUUGCUGGAGCAGCUGGAAUGUUUCUGUAUAUUGCCUUAGUAGAUAUGCUUCCUGAACUUGGCACUAGUUCUACUCAUCUCAAGAGUCAUAAUAGUCACCAGCUAGUUAUCCAGUUUUUAGGGAUAUCAGUUGGUGCAUCCAUCAUGUUGCUUAUUGCUGUCUAUGAGCAUGAUUUGAUGCAGAUUCUCAGCUGACCUGACCAAAAAACGUUUUAUUUGAAUUCCACUUCUUAACCCAGUGGUAAAACAGAUUCUAAGAUAUAAAUGAAUUUAAGAGCUUUUUACAGACCAUGUUGAAAUGUAGCUUAGCCAUUUGUUUGAGCUUAAUUCAAUGCAGAUAUUAUGCUUAUAUGAGCAACAAAAAGUUUUAUUUAGAUACCUUUGCCUACCAUGAUAGAAAAACAGGUUAUAAAACAAUACGGUAUUCUGAAGGCCGUGCUCAAGAAAAAAAAGAAGACAACCUGCAUUUAUAUAUUAAUGUUAUUUGCCACAAACAGUUUUGAAAUCUCUUACUUUCUUCAGGUUUUAUACGUAGUUUAGCUGUCAGCCAAUUCAAUUAAUAAAAUGCAGUUCACUAAGAAAGAAACUUUUGCAUGUAUGAGAUACAAUCAUUGUAAAGAAAAUAUGAAAUAUUGCAUUUCACAGUUAUGUACCCGUAAAAGUUUAUUUUUAGUGGGAAAUUGUUUCAAUUUAACAAGUUUGUAAUAAUUGAUGUUAUUAGUAGCGAUUCAAGUUUCCUCAAUUUAAGUUACUAUGCAUUAAAUAAUAUAUUUUUCCUAGCAGGUUUUCUGAUUUAUUUUAUGGUUCUAUUGUAUUUCAGACAUAAUUAUAAAAGUAGUUAUUCUUGCAAUUUUUUAUGUCAAAAUGCAUUUUUGAUAUAUUUGACUAUUGUUAGAGCCACUGGUGAGAGGUAAAAAGUGUAUUUCUUUAUUAUGUUGCAUUUGGAGCAAGCCAACAGGAGUUAUUUGUUAACACCUACUCAAUUAUUUAAGUUAAAUUUUACAUUUGCACAGAGGUACGAUAUUUAAAUUAAUUUAAUAUUUUUAUUUGUUUCACAGUUUUUGUCAUUAAUAUUUCUUGUCAAGUAAGUAGGGUUCUAUUAGAAAACACUUUCUAGGCUAUGUUGUUUUCAGCAAUUGAGAAACUUGGAAAGACACCCAUUUUCCAUUAUACACUGUAUUUUGGGUAGGGUUGAGCUGAACAUUUUUUUUAGAAUGAUACUAUGUCAAACACCUUGGAAAUCAUUUAUAUCCUGAAAUAUUACAAUGCAAUUUUCUUUCUGUGUUGUUUGUCUUGUUUUGGAGUUUUUGUCAGAUUAACUUUAAAGUUAUAUUCUUUGCAUAUAUUUACAUUUUUUUUGAGUGUUAGGGCAUAUUUGAUAAAUGAUAAUUAGUUAGUGUUUCAAUUUAUUUGUAAUAGAUACAAAAAUGCCAGUGUGUUUGCUUUUUUUAAGAUAAUGAUGUCUUUAAAAUACACAUAUUAUUUUGUUCGUGAUAAGUUUUAAAGCAAGGUGUUGUCUAUAAGAUUAAUUUACAACACAAGUUGUUGAAUGUAAAGCACCUUAGCAGGCUGUUUACGUGUAAUAGUAAUAUGUGGGUGAUAUCACAUCACACUAAGGCUGAUACAAGCUUCCCAUUUAUACAUUAUUGAUGGGUUCAUUUGUCCUACUGGUAUCAAAAUAUUGAGGGUCAAACAUAGGAUGUUACUAAUAAUAUAUAUAAUGAUAUGUUAUUUUCUCAGAUGAAAACAUUUGUUAAAAAAAUACAUUUUGAAUUUUUGAUACUCCAAUAAUCCACAAAAUGUUAAACACAAGGGUGAGAACAGUAAAUGAAACUUCUGUCUUGGCCUUUAUCCCAGCCCAUAAAAAAUCUAUGGUUCUAGAAGCCAGAUAGGCUAGUGUGCUCUCUGGUACAUUCUAGGACAUUUUGGACUAAAUAUUGAAACUACUUAUUGCUACUUUAAUUCAUGUUCUAAUGAGCAAAAUUACAGACUGGCCAUUUCAUGAAAUGUUUAAGAUAGGUAUUACAUACAAAUGUUUAUAAUUGCAAUGAUUAGAUCAGUUAAAUAAAACCUGGUCAUUUCCUGAAAUAUUGAGGCAAUACUGUACAAACUAAUUUUACUAGAACUAAUUACUGACCAAUCAUUUAAAAACCUUAAUCAUUUUCCUGAAAACACUUAGGCACAAUUACAUAACGUUGAUUGAUUUCUUGUGCAUUUGAAAUUCCCUGGUCUCAUUAUUUCAUCUUCUCAUGUAUAACAUAACUUGUGAGACUGAAAAUAUUUUUGUAAGCUGUUACAUUUAAUAUGUUCCCAUUUGUAACAAAAAUCCCUUAAUUAUUGAAAACAAUUUUUCAAAUUUUGUCUCAUACUUGCUCCAUCCCUAACUUUCACUGGAUUUUAUAUAUCUAUAUCCAUUUUAGGCUCCAUCUAAAUGCUUUAAUGUAUAGAAAAUAGUGUUCACUGAAAGAAAAAUGUCUAUUCUGAACAACUAUGUGGAAAUCACACAUCAAAGGUGGAUGGUAAAACAUAUUAAGGCCUACCUUUAUGCUGAUCCUUUUGAAUUGUCCAUUGUGGCACUGUAAGUUCUUCAAUUUUUGAUGUAUUUGGCUUCAAAAUUUUUUUUUGCAGUUGAUAGUCUGCUCCUCAAUUAGCCAAGAGUCUGUAUAUCAAUUUCUCUUUAGCAUAGACUUAAUGCAGAUAAAGCAAACUUUAGUCAAGCACAUUAGUAGUAGUAUUUUGUUUUAUGGUCCCAGACCCCCCCCUUCACACACACACACACACUAUUUUUCUCACCAGAUUGGAACAAAUUGGGUGGAUGGACAAUUUGACAAGAAAAAUUACUAUCAUGACACUAGUGUAAUGAAACAAGCAUGCUGACCAGUAAAGAUCAUUACUAAAUAGCAGAAACAGAUUACAGGUAUUGAAUGGGAGAAGUUAUAAAGGUACAAGUUAUUUGAUCACAAAGCAAAGUAUUUGAUGAUCACUGGGGUUUGAUUGUUGUUAAACAUAGUUAUCUUCAAAGAUUUGGGUCAGUCGACCCUUUAUAACAAAAUUGUACGAGUUUUCACUUAAACUAUGCUUGUACAAAUGUCCAGCAUAGACAAGGUUUUGUUUGUUGAAAUGCUAUUAUACACACUUCUUAACUAGAAAUUCAGAUUGAUCCAGUAACAAAUUGUAUGGUUUAAGUGGCUGUCAGUCCUCUUGUGAUGUGAUAAGCGCAUUUUAUUACUAAAGAUGUUUUGUUGCUAGGGGCCAUACAUAACAAUGUAGAUGAAUUUAUACUUUUGAUUCCUACAGAAGCAAGCCAAAUUAACUGACUAUGAUAGUUAAGUUCUUUAAAAUAAAACUACCAAGUAAGAGAAAUAUUAACCUAAGAUUUGCUGUAAAGUGUGUUUAUAAAGUUGCUUCAUCCCUUCUUCAUUAAAUAAAUUUUUGUGCUUUAUUUUGAGAUUGAAAAGUUUAGGAAUUGCAGUUAAAAUGUUGAACAUAUUUUAAACCGUAUAUUAAGUGUUGUUCAUGCUAAAUAGAAAAAAAAAGAAUACAGCCAUCAUCACAAUUCAUGUCACUAAAAAUCAGAACAGUAAUAUCCGACUUUUCUUCAUUCCCAAUUUUAAUACCCCUGAUAAACUGAAGUUAAAAAACAAUUAAAAUUGGCAAGAAAAUACACACAGAAAAAGAAGAUCAAUGAAAGCAUAUCAUAUCUGCACAUAAACACCCAUUAGUGGUUUUUAUACUCUGGUGAUCAGCAUCUUCUGUGAGAGGUUGUGUAUAAAAUGUUAAUAGAAUCUUGUUAAUUAUGUUAGCAAAUAUUCUAGAGUGUAAUUUUUUUCCCCACUUUGGUAGAAAAACCAAGAAUCAAACAAGGAAACACAAUUACUAAGUUGUUAGAGAACCCAAAAUAAAACACAUAAUUAAAGAUAUAUUUGUCACUUGUAGUGAAAUAUGAUCUUCCAAGGAAUUGUGUUCAUUAUCUUCACAAAUAUGCAUUGAAAGUAAAAUUAUGUGUUAUUUUUGUGUAAUACAAAGUUACUUGGUGAAAAUGUUUUGCUAAUUCAGUCUAAAUUAGGAAAGUAUAAACAGUAAGCUGAGUGAUAGGUUAUUAAUUUUAAAAGGAUUUCAGCAUUUUAUAAUCUUAGUUGUUAGAUAUGUCAGAUUGUUUAUUGUAGUAGUUACCUUCAUGUAGAAUGAGGUAGUUCAGCUGAAUAUGAUGUUUCGCAGUUCACUUAAUUUUAAUGUGACACCUUUUUUUUUUAUGUUGUUUUAACUUGUACAUUUAGCCUUGACUAAUCACAUCCACAAUAAUGUGUAAUGUUCUCUUUCACUGGUGAAAUUUAUGAUUAGUUCCAAUUCAUGAGAUGUUUUAAAAUGGUUAUCCAAGAAAUGAAAGUAUUUUACAAAAUGGCAAGAUUUCCCUAUGUUGAAGGUGAGAGAAAGUUUUCUGAUAAUAGUGAAAUUUAUGAUUAAAAUUCCAAUUCAUUAGAAAGUGUCUGAAGUAAUAAAGAUAUAUGUAUUUUUACAAAACACUUUGAUAACUUAUUUUAUUGUUUUUAUAAAUACCUUUGAUAACUUAAUAUGAGAAAUAAUUUUAUACAGUAGCUUAAUAUGGCAUAUUCCAAAUUUCUAUGCUGUUAACAGUCAAAAAUUUAAUCAUGCUAUGUUAUAUUAUAGAACAAGACUUUAGAAUUCAAAUAUUAUUACAUUUAAGAAAAGAAAUCAUUAUUAUGCUUUGCCAUCCAGAUGAAUGUGGUGAAAAGCAUGACUUGAAAUUCUUUUCCAUUGGUUUCAAAGCAACAAAUUUCACUUUGGAACAGUUGCAUAAACCUAUUAAGCUUGGCUGAAUAACUGAGCUGCAAGAUAUUUUUAGCUUAACAUGCACCGAGUGCCAACAUCAUGACCACAGGUUUUGAAUAGUUUCUUUUUUUUUACUAUGAAGAUAAUAUCUGUAUGGUACAUAAAAGGAAUGUUUAAAAGAAACAAAUUUAAACUGUUGCUCAAGGAAUCUUACAGAUAAUGAACAUAAACACUGGACUUUAUAUAUAGAAUUUGUGUCAAGGGAGAGUAAGAUAUUGAUUAGUUGGAAGAAAUCUUGUAAUGUAUCAGCCUGAAACUGUUUGAAAGAAUGAUAAACAGGACUUUGCUUCUAGUCAGACAUGAAUACAAAAUGUUGAAUGAGUCAAGCUUCUUCUAAUAAUUGGAUGCUUAAUAAAUUAUGUAAACAUCAUUUAGAUCAGUGCCUCUUGAUUGAAGUUGUUUUAGAUGAUUUAAUUAAUAUAACUAAUCAGGUUUUGACAAGUACAGAGUCAUUUUAAUAGGUAUGUUUUAUUAAUUUAGAUGUCACUACAUCAUUGUCAGAAGCAUAUAAAAAAAGAACUAAUGCCAUUUUAAUUUUGGAAAGUUGUUGUUCAAACUUGGAUCUUAAGACCCUGUUAUGUACUAGAUUUCAGCUUUUAACUUUAUAAAUAUUAAUAUUAAUGAAGUUUUGGUGGAUGAAAUCAAAGUGAUAAAUUAAAUGUAUUUAAAAGCAUACUUUAUGUAAGUAAAAACACACAGUUUAAGUUAGAUAUUCAUAUCUGAAAAUAAAUUAUCCCUUUAGGAACAUCUGUCUGUUCAAUGGAAUACAACCUAAGUUACUUUGUGCUUUCAGAAAACUCCAUUAAAGCACAUUAUGUGGUUUCUUAAUGGACCUUUAAGCUUUUACAACUGUUUACUGCAUAUGCUAAAGCAUUAUUAUGAAGUGAGAAUAUUUUAAAAUUACAGUAUUGUAGUUUUGACCUUUGUUUGUGAAUAAAUCAAUGCUUUAGAACUAAA